AUGAGACUGCACCGUAAAAACUUUCACUUCAUGUCCAUCCUCCCUCUGCUGGAACCAGUCACUCGCCAUUGGCAGUGCGGCUGUCUCAGAGCCAAUGUCUUUACAGUACCUCACAGACUCCGCCCCUACAGGUGUUUGUCCACAGACAGCCCCGCCCCCAGACCUCACAUAGGCCCAAACACAGUGGAGGUACUCGGCCAUAGCUACCCACGCGACAGUCAGACCAACGUGACAGCCAAGAUCUUGUCCAAGGUAGGCCGUGAUCUCCACAACAAACCCCAUCACCCGCUGUGGCUCAUCAAAGAACGAAUCAAAUCGCACUUCUACCGCUCCUACAUCGGCCGAUGGGGAAACCCACUGUUCUCUGUGCACGACAACCUCAGUCCCGUGGUGACGGUGGAGCAGAACUUCGACAGCUUGCUCAUCCCUCCGGACCACCCCAGCCGCAAAAAAGGCGACAACUACUACCUGAACCACAGCCACAUGCUUCGCGCCCACACUUCCGCUCACCAGAGAGACCUUGUGCGUUCAGGUCUGGACUGCUUUUUGGUCGCCGGAGACGUGUACCGACGUGACGAAAUCGACGCUAGCCAUUACCCCGUCUUCCACCAGAUGGAGGGUGUAAAACUCUUCUCGAAUCACGAGCUUUUCGCCCGUGUGGAACAUGGAGAGGAGCUGUCUCUGUUUGAGAGCCACGGUCGUCGCACUCCCCAGAAACAGGAAACGCACACGCUGGAGGCUGUCAAGCUGGUGGAGUUCGACCUAAAACAGACCCUCACUCGUCUAAUCAGACACUUAUUUGGGGAAGAGCUGGAGAUCAGAUGGGUGGAGUGUUAUUUCCCUUUCACUCAUCCCUCUUUUGAGAUGGAGGUACGUUUCCAGGGCGACUGGUUGGAGGUUCUUGGCUGUGGGGUGAUGGAGCAGCAGCUUGUCAAUUCAGCUGGUGCCAGUAAUAAGAUGGGCUGGGCCUUUGGGCUGGGCCUGGAGAGACUGGCGAUGGUACUGUACGGCAUCCCAGACAUCCGGCUCUUCUGGAGCGAAGACGAACGUUUCCUCAAACAGUUCCACCUGCCCGACAUUGAUGACCCUGUCAUCUUUCAGCCACUCAGUAAGUACCCUCCAUUGCUGAAUGACAUCUCUUUCUGGUUACCGCCUGAGGGCUACGCGGAGAAUGACUUUUACGACCUUGUCCGGAGCAUAGGAGGAGAUCUUGUGGAAAAGGUCACGCUGGUCGACCAAUUCACACAUCCAAAGACGCAGAAGGUGAGCCACUGUUAUCGAAUUAUCUAUCGGCAUAUGGAGAGAACUUUGUCCCAGGAGGAGGUGCGGGUUAUUCACCAGGCCAUUGAGCAGGCUGCCGAACAGGAGCUGGGUGUGGAGGGGAGAUACUGACUCUCCUCCUUUCCAUCAGUCUAAAAAAACAAAAGUCUCAAACCCCAGCCCAGAGCAACUGUGGAUGCCUUCAUCCAGUCAACAGCUAUGAAAGAGGAAAUAUUCCUCCAGAGAGACCUGCUUCAUCUAUAAUGACAAAUAUCAUUUACAGGAUUUUCUGGACUGGUGUAUUUUUAGGAGAACAAGACAAUGUCCUUGAAUCCCCAUUAAGGGCACAUUCUGUAACAAUGUAAAUUGUCACCUCUAAGAUUACUCAUCCAACUUGUGCAAAAACACAGUGAAACAUAUCCCCUCCUCGUGACCUUUCAAAGAUAUAAAGGUUCUCUCCUUGGCUCACACCACAUUCACACAUGUGCUGAGACCUGGGUGCUAACUGAAUCAUAAUGCUUUGAGUGCCCGUCCCUUCCCAAAGGCUGGGCAAGUGGGUUUGAAUAACUCAAUCACAUUUGUGCAUCGCUGGGAGGAGAGGAGCUUUUGAUUUAAUACAGAUGUCACCAGAGCCUUCUACUCUUCUGGCUCUUCUCCAGGCUUGGAGAAUG